AUGAAAAAAAGCAGCAUUUUAUCAGUUCCCAUCAAGUAUUAAAAUUAGAUAUAUUAAGUAGAAGUAAAAAUUUAUAUGUUAAUUAGAUAUUUGCAUUUGAUACACCUUUAUAAAUUGCAUAUAGGUUUUGUACUUAACAAAAUUUAGAAUUCAAUUUUAUUUCUCCACUUUCAAAAUAAAUAAUUUCUUUUGUGUCAAUGCUCUUGGAUUCUCCUAGCAUUGACAACCCUACUAAAGCAUAAAUACGAUUACACUUUGAUAAAUUCAUAAAUAAUGCAAGUAUUAGAGAGAGUAUCAAAAUUGUGGAUACUUCUAUAUAAAUUCAAAAUGAUUGCAUCUAAAUUAUAAAGUAAUAAGAGUCAACAAGAAAUAAGGAAGAGAACUUCAAUUUUUCAUUUGAUAAAGAUAAUAAUGAAGACAACACAUCUAAUAUCUAAGAUUAAUUCUAAUUUUCAUUUAAAAACAAAUUAUAAGAAAUGUUAAAUCCAGAUAAAAAUUAACCAUCUUCAAGAGGAAGCAGUAGGAUUGAAAAUUAUGUUAAGAAUAACUCAAUUCAUCAAAUAGAGAAUCUUUAAAAAUAGGAAAAGUUGAAUCAAAAAAUUAUGAAUAGAUUAAAAAACAAAUCACCUAAUAAAAGAGUUGGUAUACCUUAUUAAGAGUAUAUGAAAAGGCCAAAUGUUUAAAUUAAUAAUUCUAAAGAUAGUUUUCAUUCAAAUUAUGGUCUUAGAAAUAGACCAAGUUAAUUUAUAUCUGUUUAAUAGAGUCCAAUCUAUUCACCAGAAAAACCAGAAUAAAAUACUUUGUAAACUUUACCAAAAGGCAGAAUCAGUAUGGAAAAAUCAAAACAAUCUAAUUCAAGGAAUAUUUCACCUUAAGAAAUUAGUUUCUCAUAAUAAUAAAUUGAUUAGAGUGUUCAAUCUGUAAAGAAAUCUAACUAAUUAUUUAGUCCAUGAUUAGUAAUGGAACAUUAUGCAAUAGUAGAAUUGAACAUUAAUCUAAAUAAGAUAGAAUGAAAAGUUUUAAAGAAUUGAUGAAUAAAUUAUAAUGCAUUUCUACUCCACAGAAAGGUUAAAGAAAUUACGAAAUUUAUAUUAAAUAAUAAAACAAUACCAACACAAAAAUAGUAAAUAACAUUUUUAGUUUAAAGUUAUUAGGAAUAAAAAAUUAAUGAAAUAUUUGUUAUACUUGAUACUGACAAAGAUGGUUACAUUGAUCAUGAAGUCAAUUUAAAAUAGUUAAAAUAAUAAAUUAUAGAUUAUUUUGAACCUGUUUGGUUUUAAAUACUGUGGAAGAAGGUGAAGAUCAAUAAAAGAUAGUUUUAAGAUAUGAUGCAAAAAAGGUAAUUAUUUAAUUAAUUAAGAAUUAAGGAUCUUGAUUAAUUAGAUAUAGGAAAAUUUAUAUUUAAUGGAAUUAAAAAGUGA